UUAACUGGGACAUUGAGCUGCAGCAAAAUAUGCUAAAUUCCACCUUUUAUCCUGCCUUCUUUAUACUGGUUGGGAUUCCUGGUCUAGAGAAUGGACACGAGUGGAUCUCUACUUCCUUCUGUAUAUUUUAUCUCCUGGCCUUGCUGGGAAAUAUAACACUAAUUGCUGUCAUCUCCACUUCGUCUGGACUCCACAAGCCCAUGUUUAUAUUACUUUCCCUGCUGGCAGCCAAUGACACCCUACUUUGCUCAAGUUUCACCCCUAAAAUGUUGUGUAUCUAUUGGUUCAAUGCCAGACUCAUUAGCUUCGAUGCAUGUCUUCUCCAGAUGUUCUGCAUUCACUCCUUUACAAGCAUUGAAUCUGGGUUACUCUUGGCCAUGGCAUUGGACCGUUACAUUGCCAUAUGUCAGCCACUCCGGUAUGGUUCUUUAAUGACCAAUAGUUUGAUAGGGAAACUGGUCAUCGUGUUUCUGGUCAGAGCAGUGGUUCUGGUGGGUCCAUGCCUCAUUAUGAUCAAGAGAUUUCCUGCAUUCAAGACCAACAUCAUUGCACAUUCCUACUGUGAGCAUAUGGCAGUUGUGAAACUUGCCGCGGCUGACAUUAGAGUAAAUAGUGCUUGGGGAUUAAUGGUGGCCUUCACUAUUCUUGGUGUUGACUUGCUACUUAUUCUAACAUCUUACACCAUGAUUUUCCAUGCUGUCCUCAGCCUGACAUUUAAAGAGUCUCGUCUGAAAGCAUUUAACACGUGUAUACCGCAUAUCUGUGUCUUUCUCACAUUAUAUGUCCUGGCCAUCUUUUCUUUCCUAUCUCACCGGUAUGGUCACGGGAUUCUACCUUAUAUCCACAUUAUUCUCUCUGACAUGUAUCUACUGGUUCCACCCAUGCUUAAUCCAAUUGUGUAUGGACUGAAGACCAACCAGAUUCGGGAACAAUUUUGGAAAAUAUUAAAUAAACAUCAAGGAUCCUCUUUCCAUUAACAAGUGGAAAAAAAUUCUAAUGAAUGCUAAAUAAUAUAGAAUGUAAAGUGAGAGUCCAGCACAAGCUACUCCUACAACAAGAAGCUCAGGUUACAAGGAUUAUAAAGACAUUGUAUAAAGUAACUAGUGUGAUGCAGGACAGGACUGGCUGAAGGGCUGGUGGGCAUACGCCAACUGGACUGGACAGCCAUAUGGAAUUAUGUACCAUCUUCUGCAGCCUUGGAGGUUCAUAUAGGUCUAGAUGUAGCUGGAUGCAAUCACGAGACACCUGUGUCUGACAUGUGGUCCUCAUCAUUCACUGAAGUAGUAGAAGUAGUAUGAUCCUACAUGGUUCUGUAGGCAGAAAUGCAGAGUGGGUGGGACACAAUGGUUUGAAUAUCUACAGUAUACAGAUGAGACAAAAUGGAUGUGUUGUUGACUGAGAAGGGCUGGCAGGCUUGAAGAAACGUUCAUUUUCACAGCACUUAAUAAUUAGUACCAAUAGCACUUUUUUGAGUGACUCCGGAAGCCCAAUGGAGUAUUUAGGAACCACUUCUCAUAGGUAGUUCCAAAGUGUGAAGUCCCAAGUACAUGAGUAGAGUCCAAAGUCCACAGCCAAAAGGCACAGCAUU